AACCCCCUUUCCUCAGGUUGCCUGGUGAGGUCAGCAUUCCUGUGUCAUGGCUUAUAUAGAGAGAAUUCACAUCGUAAAACAUAUAUACUGAGCAUGACGAAAUAAAACAAAGUCAGCAAAAAGGAAAACAUGUAGAAAAAUAAUACAUUUAAAACAUAUUUCAGGGCUUCUAAAAACAUUUUUUAAAUCAAAAGUGGUUUUGUAUUUAUUCCCUUGUUUGUAGCUAACAGAAAUUACUCCAAAUACAAUAAGAUGAUGUAUUCAUUUGGAUGAAACAGGAAGCGAGGGGCUGCUGUUUGGUGCCACUGUGGCACCCGAAGCGAUGGAUUUUUCAACUCAACAGCCCAGCGUUGAUUGGUCGGCGGGCGGAGUGAUGUCAUCCACUGACAAGACGAUAGAUGGUAUAGACUCCCUGAGACAAACAUAGGGAGAGAGAGAGAGAGAGAGAGAGAGAGAGAGAGAGAGAGAGAGAGAGAGAGAGAGAGAGAGAGAGAGAGUGAGCGAGAGAGGAAGGCGGAGGGACACAGUCAGAGGGAGACACCAGCGUCGCUUUGCCUGAAAUAGUCCCUGUUGUUUUCCGCUUGUAUUGGCCGGUGACAGCUCGUCAGGUUUCUGUCACCUCUGCGGGGAAACUGCUCCUCUAUCAUGGGUUUGCUGUGAUGGUGUUCGCCUCCCGCCUCUCCGUGUCUGUCUGCACACUCAGCUGUUAAAGACCCGUCAGACCAUGAACUACGUGGGACAGUUGUUCGUCCAGGUCAAGGAGCUGUACCGGGGCCUCAAUCCCGCCACCCUCUCCGGCUGCAUUGACGUCAUCGUCGUGAGGCAGCCCGAUGGCUCGCUGCAGUGCUCGCCCUUCCACGUUCGCUUCGGCAAGAUGGGCGUCCUCCGGUCCCUCGAGAAAGUGGUUGACAUGGAGAUCAAUGGGGAACCGGUGGAUAUGCACAUGAAGCUCGGGGACAAUGGAGAGGCAUUCUUCGUGCAAGAAACAGAAAACGAUCAGGAAGUGGUUCCCUCCUACCUGGCCACCUCUCCGAUUAUGUCGGACGGGGCCGCUCUCAGGAGCUCCUCCCUGAUGGGGAAGAGCUCUGGGCCGCCCGUGCUGACGCUGGGCUCCGCAGGGAGCAACGGGGAGCCCGGCGGCGGGAUGAUGAAGAAGAGGAGGAAGCGGAGGAGGAAAGCCCGGGCGGACAACGUGAGGAGGGAGGAGAGCGGAGACUACUCCGGAGACGAGGACAUGUUCACCAUAGACAUCAGCUCCGACGAAUGCGCGGAGAUGGAGAGCAACAGGUCUUCAUCUCGGGAUGUCUUAAGAGACGAGACAAUCGUCGGUUCGACCAGCGGCUCCUACAAACAGGCUGGAAUCUACACCCACUCAGAUGGAGGGUGGAGUCCCAUCCACAGCCCUGGAAACUCUCGUCCCACGUCCCCAAAGAGUGACUCUGAAUUGUUAACCAAGCCGUCAGACGCGGAAAACCAGAAUCCAGCCAUGCACUGGGCGUGGGGGGAGCUGCCACAGGCCGCCAGGCCAUCCUUCCUUCAAAUGAGGUCUGACCCUCCACUAGUGUGUCCCGUACCCGUCCCCGUGUCUGACAGCACCCAUUUCCGAGUGAUUACUCAUGAGACGUCUUCAGGGGCCCCGUGUGAAACAUCGGCGCUUCAGCUGCUGAUGUCGGAGGACACGGUUGUCACAGAACAGACGGUGGACACAUUUGGGAUGGAGUCGGAAUCCACGAGGAUGGAGUCUCAGACCGUCGCCUCGGAGACGCAGGAGGCGGCGGUGGAAAGUGUCGCUGCUCGUAUGAUGGCCGACCUGGAGGAGGCGCUGCCGCGGCCGCUUGGCAAGACUGACUCUCCAUCCAAGAGAAAAGUUGUAGACAAGAGGAGCCGCCAUCUUGGUUCAGAUGGGAUUUACCUGGAUGACAUCACAGAUCUCGAGCCUGAAGUGGCAGCACUUUACUUCCCUAAGAGUGACUGCGCUGCAGCCGUGAGGAGCAUCUCAGACCCGGGCCUUCACAGCUCCAGUCAGUCCCCGCAGUCGGUCAGCUCUGGAGGAGACAGCGGCAUGGACAGCUACUGCGACCUCAUGUCAGACCUGCCGUCCAUCGCCAUCUCCCUGUGUGGAGGCCUCACUGACAACAGGGAGAUCACAAAAGAGCAGUUCCACGAGAAAAUCAUCUCCUACCAGCAGUUCGCAGAGAACCCCUCCCUCAUCGACGACCCCAACUUGGUUGUAAAAAUCGGCUCCAAGUACUAUAACUGGAGCUCUGCGGCUCCACUUAUGCUGGCGAUGCAGGCCUUUCAGAAACCCCUGCCAAAGGCUGCAGUGGAAAACAUCAUGAAGGAGAAGAUGCCCAAGAGAGGGGGGAGGUGGUGGUUCUCCUGGAGAGGCAGGACCAGCGGCAACAAAUCGGAUUCCAUGUCGGAGUGUGGGGCGUGUGGCUCUGCUGAGCAGCCUGGGACAAUGACAAGCAGGCACAAAGAAGAAUCGUCCUCAAGUGAUGAAGACCUCAGAGCAGCCAACCAGACCUCUACCAGCGUCCAAUCCGAGCCGGGGCUGGCAUCAGGGGGCGUGUCUUAUAAGAAAACACUACGACUCACAUCAGAGCAGCUGGAGUCUCUCCAGCUCCAGGAUGGGCCGAACAAUGUAGUGUUCAGUGUGACCACUCAGUACCAGGGAACCUCUCGCUGUCAGGGAACCAUCUACCUCUGGAACUGGGACGACAAGAUAAUUAUCUCCGACAUAGACGGAACCAUCACCAGGUCGGACACGUUGGGUCACAUCCUGCCCACGCUGGGGAAAGACUGGACCCACCAGGGCAUCGCACACCUCUACCACAAAGUCAGCCAAAACGGCUACAAGUUCCUGUACUGCUCAGCUCGAGCCAUCGGCAUGGCUGACAUGACCAGAGGUUACCUGCACUGGGUCAAUGAGAGAGGCACCAUGCUUCCUGUCGGCCCCGUCCUUCUGAGCCCCAGCAGCCUGUUCUCAGCUCUGCACAGGGAGGUAAUCGAGAAGAAACCAGAGAAGUUCAAGAUUGAGUGUCUGACUGACAUCAAGAACCUCUUCUACCCCAACAAGCAGCCUUUCUAUGCAGCGUUUGGCAACAGACCGACGGAUGUAUACUCCUACAAAGAAGUAGGAGUACCACUGAACAGGAUUUUUACAGUCAACCCCAAAGGCGAGCUGGUGCAGGAGCACGCCAAGACCAACAUCUCAUCGUACGUACGUCUCGGGGAGGUGGUGGACCACGUGUUCCCCCUGAAGAUGCGCGCCUCCUCCUCGGACUUCCCCUGCUCGGACACCUACAGCCACUUCACGUUCUGGAGGAAUCAGCUCCCCCGGGUGGAUCAUCAGGGAACGACGCCUCCGCAGAGUCCCGGCUCCAGCAGCUGACCGCCUGAGGCCUGCUGAGCCACUUCUUGGCGGGCGGAGUGACUGACGGUGCGACUGAGCUGCAGCUGUCACGUGGACAGUAAUGGUUACGUGUGUGAUAUGGAUUUUUUUGUAGAUUUUUAUGACACCGUGGGGCGUCUGAGUAGUCGGCCAUUCUGCUGCAAUAGUCUCACAAUGCACAAAGUGGACGUCAGCGCACUUUGAUGAAAAGAUGGCCUCCGGUGUCGUCUGUAUGUAUAUGAGAAAUAAUCAUUAUUUAUUCAGGCAGCUUAGCACAUAUUGUUUUGGAGUGAUUGUUGAUUAUUUCAGAAGAUAAACUUUCUGUUUUACGGACAAAUACUGAACAGACAAUAAGCGCUUCAUCCAGACUUCAAAAAGAAAGUUAUUUAAACAUGUAGAAUUUAUUUUCUUACUCUGAACUUGGAGACUGUUCAUAUGAUAUAUACAUGCAAGCUGGUUUCACGUUAUAGGAAUAUAUACAGCACUUGUUAUUCUGUUUGAAAGGAAUCGGUAUAAGUAAUUUAGGAGGUUACAACGUAUUACAGCGCACACUAUACUGUAGAUAAGCAUCUAUGUAGCUUCGACAAAAGAAGGUUUGUUAUGAAGAUGGUUUGAAUGAAUGUGUAUUGUCGCGACAAUGCUGACAAAACAACGAAGCACAAUCUUUAUAAAGGUCACAGCCAUGAGAUUUCUCUGUUUCUCUAAGAGGAGUUGCUACAUAAUGUCAUUCUGUGGGAAUGUCGUUUCCACGGCAGCCUUCGUUAAGUGUCUUUUAAUGUAUUUAUAGGCAAACCAGUGAUCCUCUCACUUGUGUUUUCCACUUUUUGUGAUAAAUGACACGACGAGCAACCGACUGAGGUGAAAAUGUUCGCUCGCCGUUGGUUCUUUGACUGUGCUGUUACUGCCAUUCCUUUGAGAAUAGGACUCAAUGCAAACUUGACUCUGGAAAUCCUCAUCAGACUCAAUCCAGUGUUAAGAGGACAGCAGGCCUUGGUAUUAAAGUUACAGACAUGGGAAGAAGAACAGUUAUUUCUUUCAACACCACCCACCAAUAUGAGGUCAUUAAUGUGAGCCGCUGUCCACAUGUCCUACAUCACUGACCUGAUCGUCAGUGCUGCGAGUACACCUGUAGAUUAUGAGAGUUUGUAUAUAACGCUUUAACCUGCUGAUAUUAUUCUUUCUAUGAAAGAGCUAAAAGGUGUUUUAUUUUUUGCCUGAACUGUGAACAGGAUCAAUCAUUUGCUCAAUCCCUCUAUCGACCGGUUCACUGUUAAAUCUGUUAUUCAAACUCAAUAAAAAUGCCUUGGAACAACAACAA